AUGCUCAUCGCAAGAUUUAUGUUAGGACCUGAUAUAAUAAUUGGCAAGCACAAGAUAUAUCUGAUCCGUACCAUAGCCAUGUCAUUCUCAUUUGGUUUUACCUCAAAUGAUUUCAGCGAUGAUGAAUUAGAGGAUAGCAUCCCUUCUCAAAAUAUCAGUGGCCAGACUAAAAGUUGCACUAUUGAAACUUUAAAUCCACUAGAUUCAGAAAGGCUAUUACAAUCUGAUAUUGCACAACCACAUUUAGAGAACUUGGGACUUAUUUUAACUUUGUUGAAGGACGUGAGAGUAUCUUUCGAGAAAGUCAACACCCCGAUUACAAAUGCCACUUUGUUUAGAAGAGAACUAUUCGAUGUUAAGCAUCAAUUGAUGGGUGAAUUCGAUGAAUUGAAUAAUUCGAAUAGUACAGAAUUGGAAAUUUUAAUGGGUGAAACCUCAGAAGAUCUUAGAAAGAAUAUUUACGAAGGUGGUUUAAAAUCGUGGGAAUGUUCAAUUGAUUUAGUGGAAUACUUAAAUGAUUUAGAUAAAUCAGGUAAAUUAAAUGGGAUCGAUACUGUCGUAGAGUUGGGCUGUGGUACUGCUUUACCUAGUGAAUUCAUUUUUGAGAUGGCUUUGAAAUCUAACAGAACCGAUCCAUUGACGUUGGUAUUGUCUGAUUAUAAUAAUAGUGUACUAAGAUUAGUAACAAUUCCAAAUUUAAUAAUUACUUGGGCUAAAUCUGUAUUGAACGAAGAACAGUGGAAAACAUUACAAACUUCAUCCGAUGAAAAUAUACCUGUUUAUGAUGAUGAGCUUUUAUUUACACAAGAAUUAUUAGAAGCAUUUGUAAAAGAUUUACAGCAAAGAAAUAUAUAUCUAAAGUUCAUGUCUGGAUCAUGGAGUAGAAAAUUUAGUGGCAUGUUGAAAGCAAAUAUAAACCCUUCAAAGGGAUUCUUAAUCCUUACAUCUGAAACUAUCUACCAACCAGAAAACUUACCAGUAAUUUCUGAAACAGUCCUAGAUUUGAUUCUAUCAUAUAAAGCCACUGUGCCAACAGAGGCAUUGGUUGCUGCAAAAGAUAUAUAUUUUGGUGUCGGUGGAAGUAUUGUUGAAUUUGAGAAUUAUUUAAACAACAAAAUCAACAAAGAUGGUUUAGAUUUUAUGCAUGAAACUUUUAAGAUAAAUUCAGGAUUAAAAAGAUCGAUUGUAAGUAUAAAAUAG